AUGAUCGACGAAACAACUGAUAUAUCAAAACUGGAACAAGUUUCGUUGGUAGUGAGAUAUACUGAUGAUCAAUUUAAGGUACAUGAGCGGUUUAUGGGCUUUGCGAGAACAACGGAAAUGACAGGAGAAGCAUUAUUUAAUUUAUUGUUGGAAUGGUUGAAGAAAUUGAACUUAGACGUGAAAAAUAUUGUUGCCCAGUUAUAUGAUGGAGCAUCUGCAAUGCGAGGUGAAUAUAAAGGUGUACCAGCGCGUCUGAAACAAAUUGCACCGUGUGGAAUUUACAUACAUUGCAAUGGACAUAUAUUGAACCUGUGUCUAGUUGAUGUUUCAACUAGGGUUUCUUCAAUUCGAAAUAAUUUUGGGAUCGUAUCAUCAUUAUACAAUUUAAUUGAAAAUUCUGCCAAAAGGCAUGCUAUAUUUGAAGAAAUACAAGAAGAAGCUGGAUUACAAUCUUUGACAAUCAAACAGAUGUCUGAUACAAGAUGGACGUGUCGAUGGGAUUGUUUAAAAGUCGUAUUAAUUAGAUAUCCGCAAAUUAUUUCAACUCUUCAAUUAAUUGAAGCACCAGAAUCACAUUUACUUCUUCAUUCAAUGGAAUCCUUUGACUUCGUGUUUCAUUUGUUUAUUAUGUCCGAAAUAUAUCUACUUACGAAUAUUUUAUCAAAAUAUCUACAAAGUUCUCAAAUAUCUAUCAGUCAAGCGUUAAAACAAGUUAAAAUGACUGUCGAUACGUUGAAGUCGUUAAGAAAUGAAACAGAAUUCGAACGCUUUUAUUCAAAAGCAUUGCAAAUGUGUGAAGAAAAUGAAAUUGAUCCGCCGAAACUGUCAAAACAGUAUUCGUUAAGUUAUGAUGAUCUACGAGGUGAACAACGCUUAUACAAGACAAAAUUGACUACUUCUUCUCCAGCAACUUUGCCUGAAAUUAAAUCUUUUAUUCUGGAUAAUCAUUUAAAUGUUGGUUUGCCUGUUAUGAACAAAUUGUUCAAGAUUUUAUGGACUAUACCUGUAAAUACUUGCGAAUGUGAACGAAGUUUUUCAACGUUACGUCGAAUUAAAACUUAUCUUCGAUCUACAACAGGGGAAGAUCGUUUAUCAGGACUUGCUUUAUUGAACAUUGAACGUGAAGCUGAAAUUGACUAUGACGAAAUAAUAAAAGAAUUUGUAUCUGCAAAGAGCACCAGAAAAAUAGUAUUUUAG